ACCGGACAUCCUGAUAACAUUGCGAAAAUAUAACAUCCAAUGACACACCCUAGUCACAUAGUGAGGAUGGGGAGAUGUAGCACAGGUAGCACAGGGCGACUACGAAAGAAAUGGUCUCACAAUUCCAUCCACCGAAGACGGACGAGGCCUGACGGGAAAGGCCCACCAUGUUACCUAUAGCAACUCUUAGGACAUUGGCACCAUGGACGAGUUUCAAUCUGGCGAAGAGACUGCAUUUGUUGUUGAUGACAUUAACACAAUCGUAAAAGACGCAGUGGAAACAACUAUUGGCAACAAUAAUUACCAACAAAGUCGAAUCCACCAAUGGACAUCCAGUAUUGUGGAGACAAGUCUGAACCAACUAUCCAAACUAGGGAAACCCUUCAAAUACAUUGUGACUUGUAUCAUACUGCAGAAGAAUGGGGCAGGCCUGCACACAGCCAGCUCCUGCUUCUGGGACAGCACUAUGGACGGAAGCUGUAUAGUGAGAUGGGAGAACAAGACCACACUCUGUGUUGUCAAUGUUUUUGGUUUAGCUGUGUGACUGGUCUAGGUGGCAACUUUUGGCACCGUUUGUGCUCAGAUGGACUCUCAGUAAGCAGGAGUUCAAACAUAACCAACUAAACCAUAAAUCCAUUCGUGAAAUGAGUGUAGUCUGGCUUUGUUAUGUUCUCAUUGGUAAAAUGUAAUUCAAGUUAGCAUAAAAUUAAAAUGUUCUCAGGAUAUACCAUAAUAGCUUCUUGCUUCAACUUUUGGACAAGAAACAGAGACAAUAAAAAUAAAGCAUGCA